UAUAAAUUCUCUGGCUCAGUUAGUCUGUGGCUGAAAUGGUAGGAAGGUGGUGUUUUAAUAUUUCUUCGUUUUGGUUAAUCGCGCAAAUAUUUUACGGCGCUAAAAUCGUGCAUUAUUUUCGCGCGAGAAACAAAGUUUGCUAUGAAUGAAACAAGGUGUGGUAAUUUGAUAACAUCGUUAAAAUGGACAGAUCCAGCGAAUUUAAUUUCGUUAGCUGUUCUUUUAUUUAUCAUACUGCUAGUGAUUUCCGGAAAUUCGCUAGUUAUAGCAGCAGUAUUUUGUUCAAACAAAUUGCGAAGUGUCACGAAUUACUUUAUAGUUAAUUUAGCUGUGGCAGAUUUAUUAGUAGGCUUAGCAGUUUUACCAUUUUCGGCAACUUGGGAGGUUUUUAAGGUAUGGAUAUUUGGUGACAUCUGGUGUCGCAUGUGGCUUGCUGUUGAUGUUUGGAUGUGCACAGCGUCAAUAUUAAACUUAUGUGCAAUCUCUCUGGAUAGAUAUGUGGCUGUUACGCGACCUGUUUCAUAUCCGAGUAUAAUGUCGACUAAACGAGCUAAAUUCUUAAUUGCUGUAGUUUGGGUGCUAUCGUUUGUAAUAUGUUUCCCCCCGCUUGUGAGUUGGACCGAGCACAAGUCAACGCACAUGCGGGCAGAUUACAUGACGUUUUAUUUGACCACCACAACGGUGGCCUCUAUACAAUACCAGUACAAUCGAUCGCAAUUAUUUUUGGAUGCAACACCCGUUAUAUCGAUGCCAGAUGGUUUUAAUUAUCAUGACCCCGAUCAACUAUCCAUUGCGAAAGAAGACUUUUUCUACGAAGAGCCUUUUUGCCCAUAUAAAUGUGAAUUGACAAAUGAUCGCGGUUAUGUAGUAUAUUCGGCAUUAGGAUCCUUUUAUAUUCCAAUGCUUGUGAUGCUUUUUUUUUAUUGGAGAAUAUACAAGGCGGCAGUGAGAACAACACGAGCCAUUAAACAAGGAUUCAAGACCACGAAAGGAACUAGAAGCAUUGGUACGCGUUUCGAAGAGCAACGUCUAACACUUCGAAUUCAUCGAGGUCGGGGGUCAAAUCAUCAUGACUCAACGCACAGCAGUGGUAGCACACAAAGCACAACCACCACAUUAGGCACUCCUUCACCAGAACGUCUUUCAAAAUACACCACUCGUCGCGCUUUUCACCAUGAUAAAAUCAAAAUAUCCGUUUCAUACGCUUCGAGCGAGACUAUUAAUGAACUCGGUGUUGAGUCAACUGGUACGAAUGAGCAACGACCUUUCAGCAGCGGUAGCAUACUUUAUGCAGUUCACUACAACACAGUCAGUGGCAGCGGUUCCAGGGAAAGUCAAUCCAGCAAUAAUUGCUACCUCCAAGUGGAAAAGUCUGUAUCAGGCAUGGAGCGACGUCAAUCGAACACCAGUGAUAUAAGCCAGGCCUAUGGAAUGUCAACUACGCAACAGCAAGAACCACAUCGAUGCAAAAGAAUAGGACGCAAGCAUUUAAAAACGCAAGUAAAACGCUUUCGAACAGAAACCAAAGCGACCAAAACCUUAGCAAUCAUUGUUGGCCUUUUCAUUAUUUGCUGGCUACCAUUUUUUACCAUAUACGUUAUUCGGGCGUUUUGCCAGGAUUGCAUAGACCCACUCUUAUUCUCAAUACUGUUUUGGCUUGGAUAUUGUAACUCUGCCGUUAAUCCAAUGAUAUAUGCACUCUUUUCCAAAGAUUUUCGUUCUGCAUUUAAAGUUAUCAUAUGUCAUUGCUCCUGCUCCCAAGAAGACAUGUUUUUAAAAAAUUAUCGACGAGGAAGUGAUGUUUCGGCAGGCCGCUUCCUUGAGCGGACACAAAGUAUUACUGCAAGUGCAGCUGCAAAUUCUGUUGGGGAUGAAAAUGAAAGAUUCAACUCAGAACUAAGUAAUGAGCAGACGUGACAAAAUUUUGAAUACUUCGUUAUGUCCCACCGUCAUUUGAAAGGUGACAAAUAUAUAUGGAUAUGUUAUGAUAUGUGCAAUUUGGACUCCAAACAUAGAGAGUGUCAGGUAUAUUUGUACGAAUCUCAUCAGCUUUAUAUUUAUCUAAAUCGAUAAGUGUUUCGCUUACAAUUUUAGAUAACAAAACUAUAAAUGUAAAACGGCAGGGUUCUUUUUUCCGUUGGGGCAAGAACUUACAGUUAAAAAUUUUCUGAAAUUCAACUGUACACCAUUUGAUGGUUCAUUUGAACCAUUUCAAGUGCGGCUUGAAUAAAAAUGACAACCCAUAAUCAUCUUAGGAGUAAGAGCAUUAGCUCGUGAUGUCGAGAAAAACAGUGUGAGCCUGUAUCCUCUUAGGUACAAAAUCUUUUUAUCUGAAUCUAAUGUAGAAGCAUCUUAGAUAUCUUAUGCUUACAAAUGUGUAUUUCAAAAUACAUUAUAAGCUGUGACAAAAUUAAACUAAUAUAUCGCCGCUGUUGCUAUUAGCAAGAUUAAUCAAAGGCACUUUACAUGACUUAUGUGUUUUAAAUAAAUUAGAUCUAACGGUAACGGCCGGCUUUGUAAAAGUCCCAAAAGAAGCUGCUAGGACAAUCUGCUGCUGAGUCGAUGUGUACUUAUGAGAGGUCCUUCUGGAAGCCUCCUCGUUGAACAAUGCAAAAACUCCAAUAACUAGUCGAAAAGACUAUCAACCCUCAAAUAAUUAUAUCGAACAUAUAUUUAUAUGAAAUGUGUGUAAUUAAUUGUGUUGUUCGUUUGCACACGCAUCACUGCAGAACGCAUCAAUGGAUUUUCGCCACUCCUUUUUAUUAGGUUUUCUCUACUACAAAAAAACCGAAAAAUAUAAGAAAAGCUGGAAGUUAUUACGAUGUUGCGACUUUAACAGAGACGAUUAUUUUUUAAGUAUUAAACUAUGAUUUUUCAUACAGUCACUAGUUACAAAAAUGAUCAGAAGAAACAUUUACACAAGAGACUAUUUUGCAAUUCAGUAAUCGAAUCAUCCAUCGAUUAAAAUGUCGUGUCUCCUUUAUAACUUAUGUGUAUAGGUGCAUAUAUAUGUAUGUUUUCAGAACUGUAAAAAAGUAAAAGAAAUUCUUUCAAAUUUGUAUAACGCCGUGUUUUUAAUGGAAAGUUAAUUGAUAUGUAAUAUGCAAUAGAUAUAAGAAAAAUAAAGCUUUUCUUAAAUUGAGAAGUUUUUUUUAUUUUUUGACGAUUGUGGCAUGGAUAGCGUGUACCUUUCCCCCAAAAACGGAGUUCGGCUGGUAGCAAUAAGAAAACCCCGCAAGAGUGAGAGAUGAAGAAAGAUCUAGGACAGAUCGCAAGGGCCAAGAGCCGGUGAAUUCGCCUAUUACAAACAAGAUGGCUUGACGAUGCUGUAAAGGAUGACAAGGUUGAAACAUUACUCUUUGCGUCCUGUCGCAUACGACACGAUAAUGAAGCGCUACUCUUGUCAAGGAGUUGUUGCUGUUGAUCUAAUUGUUUAAGCGUGUGCUUAACAGAACAUCAACGUCACCGAAAACCCAUACAUUUUGUGCGCAUCCUAAUGCAGCCACAUUGCAGCAAAUAUUAUAUAAGCAGUGAAAAGCAUGCAGAAUGCGAGAUUUUUCUAACAACUGCCAUCAAGCGCGCACCAGGGGGGAUAAAUAAUAAAAAAUUAUAAGAAUAAUUACAUUACCUAUACAAAUAGCGGACAUUGGAUAAAAGAUAUAUUUUGUCAUCAAACUGAAAAUAAGAUAGUCAUAAAGAAUUUGUAUUAAAAAUUAAAUAAACAAUUGUACAAUUAUACUCGAAA